GCCGUGCUAUGCACGGCGAUCUGCACGGCGCCAGAACCCCUGUCCACAACGACAUCCUUCUCCAUUUGACUUAGGCACCUGCAACGAUGGCGCUUGUCCACGCGGGGUGCCGAUCAAUGUUGACAAGCGGGCUGGCAGUGUCCCCCGCCAGCGGAAUGCAGGGGGCACUCAAACCAAGGCCCAGUUCCUUCAUCGGAAUCAAGAGCUUUCUGGCGGGGCCGCAGGGGUGGACGCAGAGGCAACCGCACAUGAGACCGAGUCGCCUGCCGGAAAGGCGCCCGAUCAGUAUACGAGCGGCCACCGUCUCUAGCAAUGACUUCAAGACGGGUCUGAACAUCGUAGUUGAUGGCGCGCCAUACAGGGUGCAAGAGUUUUUGCACGUCAAGCCUGGCAAGGGCUCCGCGUUUGUGCGCUCCAAGCUCAAGAACUACAUCACCAACAACACGGUCGAAAAGACGUUCCGGGCGGGCGAAAGCGUGGAGGCUGCGGAGGUCGACAAGCGGACGAAGCAGUACACGUACAAUGACGGGGACCAACUAGUGUUUAUGGAUAUGGAAACGUACGAGGAGAUCCGAGUGACGAAGGAGAACGUGGGCGACAUGAACAAGUGGCUCAAGGAAGGCUCCGAGUGCGAAGUGGUGAUAUGGAACGGCCGCGUGCUGGCUGUCGAGUUGCCGUCGUCGGUCGUGCUCAAAGUCACGGACACGGACCCGGGGGUCAGAGGCGACACUGCGCAGGGUGGAUCCAAGCCUUGUACGGUGGAGACUGGAGGCACACUUCAGGUUCCGCUCUUUGUAAAUAUUGGCGACGACAUCAUUAUAGAUACAAAAGCAGGUAGUUACAUCAGCAGAGCCAAGGAUAAGAAGUAAGACCGUCUUCAACUCCUUGGGAGCUAGAUUUUGCUGCGAAUACAUGCCCGCGAAUCUCCUUCUUCAGACGAACUAAACUGGGAGGCUGGUUGAGAGACAUUGCAGGUUUAUGAAGCUUUGAAGAGGUGCUGAAGGAUUUUUCUCCGGAGCUGAUUAUGUUGACCCACCAGGUCCAUUGAAACAGAGGUUACACGCAUCAUCACUUUUCCCCCAAGCGCUUGUUUUCUGUUCUUCGCUUCUUGGAUGUAGUAGCC